GAAAAGGGCCCAGCGGGAUAUAAUGGAGAGACUGGUUGCUUUCACUAAAAGCCAGUCAUCUAAGUCUGUGUCAGAGCCUGUGAAAAGUUCAAAUCAUGUCAGACAGAGUAAUGUGUGGAACAAGUCAGACAGGAUGGCAGCAGAGUUGCAGCCAAGCCCCCAGGAAUGUCCCACUGUUUAUAUUGACCUGCGUUGCCCUGAGCCUUCAAUAAAAACACCAAUAACAUCCCAAAAUCUUUCAUCAACGUCCGAGUCACCAGCCAAACACAACACACACCAGGAAACACCACCUUCAAAGAAACCCAGUCUUAAAGUGCAUAGUGGAUCACGGACGGGAGACAGGGAAGUGACUGGCAAGAGCAUGUUGCUUCAGAAAAUAAGGGAGAUGAAUAGAAAUGGGAGUAAAUAUCCCAAUAAAUAUACAGAUCCUCCAUGUCCUGUGCUAGGGAAUAAAACAGAAGAACUGAAAGCAAAGCUACCCAAAACUGUAGAGUCUACAUGUUGCCAUGAGUCACACCAUCUGUGUGAAGAUAAACAGUCUUCACAUGUACAGUUUGAGUACAGAAACCCUAAAAUGGAAAGCCCACCAACCACUCAGCAAAGUACAAUGAAAAAACCAAAGCAGCAGAGUGACCAACAGAGACAGGAAGUUAAGCAGAUGUUACAACAUGAACAACACCAGCAAAUUCUUAAACAACUGGACAAACACUGUCCAACGAAAUCAGUAAAUCAGAAGCAGCCAGCUGCUGAAAGAACCGAUGUCCUUUAUGAUUUUGAAGCAUCUCAUCUAGAGUCCAUCAGCACACUACCAGUGGAUAUUGAAAGCAAGGGGUGUAUGCUACUGAUCGUUAACCUCUCCAGUCCUGGUAUGGUCGGAGACAGAGCUUAUGGGAGGAGAAAACAUCUGUAUUCAGCUGCAACCAAAUCACACAUCUACAACACUUUAGUGGCUUGGUUUCUGUCUUUGGUCGGCCCAGACCCACAUCCCGAUGAAGAUGAGGUUGGUGCAAAGGUCCCAUUCUGGGUUGCAGGACUUCAGCAGCUGUGGACAGAGGAUGGACUGGCUUUGCAUGUGCUAGUCAUGGCUCGUCACUGUUAUACACUGAGGAAAAGGGACAAAGACAUCCAUGCACCUUUCUAUUACAACGUCAGCAGGUUCCUCUCUGAGACCUCACUCACUCUUAUUGCCCGCUGGCUACCUCAGCUCAAAAAUUUGCUAGACCAACGAGCCUUUGCCUCACCCAUCCAUCUUCCCUCUUCCUGUUUAAGUUGUUUCAUCUCUGCCACCUCCAACAAAAAGGUUAUAGAUAGGAUGUUUGGUCUCAGUCCAGCGUUUUACUGGCAGACUGUCGAAACUCAGGAGCGUGUUUGUAAGGGGAGAGAGACCACACUAGAUCUGCACACAGAGGUAUCAGUUGCUCUGGGGUGCAAAGCUUUCUUCCUACAGCCCCUCAUAACACACUACACCCUCCAGCUUGUUCUUGAGUCAGGACUUGAUGUGUGUGGUCUGCGGCUCCUGUAUCCACCACAUGGGUUCUGGAGUGACAGUGCUGGUGCUGUACCAGUCAUCCAGAGAACUGAUGAGACCUGCCAGCCCGUUCUUGCCCUGGCUAUUCGGGGCCCUCAUGCUCACUCAGUUUUGAAAGAUUUAACUAUUUCCUUAGAUCCUCUGCUGCCCAGAAUGACAGAUCCAACCUCCCUCAACACUCUCCACUGCAGAAGUCAAGAACCUUCACUCUUCUACUCCUCUCGACUGGCCAGUGAAGUCCACAGGGAGCUGUGCUUGUGGUUUUCAGGAAGAUUCCAAGGAGGACGUCCACAGAAUCAGAACUGGCCUCCGAAUAGAGUUUCACCUUCGGAGGACGGAGUAAGAGGCAGCCUGUUCAAUUUAAGCACAUCACCUUCCUUUCUGUGUGCUACAACAAAAGCUGACUUACUCCUCGUGGUGUCGCCUGUCGUGCCUCCAUGUUGCUACGGCCAAGUUUUGGCUGUUUGUGAACGCAGAGGCUUCAGUCUGAUGGGGCUGCAGAGGCUGCAGCUUCAGAGCAAUGGAGCUGCAGUCCUCGGACUCACCAACCAACAGGCACUUGCAUUCUGCAGUCCACAUAUUGGGACCUCGGAUCAGGAGCAGCUGGAGCGGCCCUCUCACUGUCUGGUGUUGUUACUGAGGAAAGAAAAUGCGACGCACCACAGUGUUAGUCUUCCAGCAGCCCUAAUGAGAGAAUUUAAGGCACAAAAGCUUCUGGGUUGCAUCCACUCCAGGCUUGAAGGUGUUCACACAGUAGAGUCAAGCUUCUGUUUCCACGCUGUAUCUUACAGCAGUAACCUGUUCCAUAUCUUUGUUAGGCGAAUGUGUGCAGUGCCAGAUCCCUCAGGUGUGAUCCUGUCCCAUCAGAAGUGCUCAUCCAACUCUAACAUGGAGCAGGUGGUGAUUUUGACCUUGUGUGGGAAGGACAUGAGCCAAGGCCUGAGCCUCCUACACAGAGUGCUGACAGAAGGGGCAGCAGGUGACGUACAACGCACAGGAUUCGAGCUGCUGGGCCUGAAGUAUCUGCCUGUGUUGACUCGAAUUCAGGCUCGGGAGCUUAGUCCAUACGAGGUGGGAGAGCAGCUCUGUCACAACAGCCUGGACAAUCUGAUGCCCUCUCCUGCCCUAGUGUGUGCUCUUAGACGAGUGGAUGGUUUUGCUUUGCUGAAAAAGCUCCUACCACGCAAUUACCCUGGUAACCUCAGUGUCCUGAUGUCACCCACACCUGAAGUGGCUUUCAGACAAGCGUCCCUCUUCUUCUUUGAGCAUGAGAUCAUUCCUGACCCACAGAUGCUGCUUACUGUGUGCCUAUUCAAGCCAGGAAUCUGGAACCACGCUUUGGCUGAAAUAGUUUGGAAACUCCAACUGAGUGGCCUCAGGAUAGUGGGCCUGCGUGUAGUGACCCUGGACAGAAGCAAUGCUACCUCACUGCUGCCUGCAGAAAGUGACCCCUCAGACAUGGAGACCCAUGUGGAGUACUUGUGCUCUGGCUCCUCACUGGCUCUCUGCCUUGAGGGGGAGAAUGCUGUGAGAAGGCUGCUGUAUGUGCUGGGCCAAGAGGACUGGACAACCUGUUUUGGCAUGGCUCAGUCAUACAAAGGCAUCUAUGGAUCAGAAUCAUAUCAGAAAGCAAUUCAGGAUGUGAAGAGGCUUUUUCCAAACGGGCUCUGCUGUUCUGAGACCAGCACAAUGAGACAGGAGCAGAUACUCAAGAUGUGCUCAGACCCUUUAGCCUCUGUGGAGCGUGAACAGAGCUGCACACUGGCCCUCAUUGCCCAGGAGUGUCUGUCACCUUCAGUGGCAUCAGAACCAAAUGAAGGGUCCCUGAUACACAGUGCUCUCUGGCAGACAACCUGUCUGCUGAUACCCUUAAAUGCUCCACCCCUCAGCCAGGUGCCAUCCCAGCUGGACCUGCUGGAGCAGUUGCUGAGGUCAGGCUGCCAUCUGGUGGCAGCGAGAAUGAGCAUACUAGAUAAUGAGCAGAGGAAACAUAUCGCUGAGACACUGAACGUGUCACUGAGAGGCAAUGAUAAGAUGGCUCAUCUUUUCACUACACCCUGUCUCAUCAUGGCUCUGCAAGGGGAAAUGAUUGUGACCUGCUUUAACCUGAUCCUUGAAAGCAUUUACAAGGACAGGUCAGACCUAGAAAAAGUGGGGAAAAGGAUCAUCUACACCAAGAGUGAGGAAGAGGCCAAGCAGCUGAUAUGUUACCUAUUUGAUGUCUUGUCUUCCAAGAGCUGUCAUACUAUUGUGCCAUGA